AUGGCUCUCCAGGAGGCUGUCAGUCCGGGGCCCAGGUCCCUGGGGCUCAGCCUGCUCCUAGCUGUACUGCACACGAGCCCAGCGGGCAUCAGUGGACACUCGUUCUCUCUGCCACCUGCCUGCCUGACGGGCCUGCUGAGGGUAUCUUGCCAGGGCCUGGGCCUUCACAUGUUCCCAGCAGCGUUGCCUUGGACCACAGAGCAGCUGGACCUCUCUCACAACCACCUGCAAGUCCUACAGGACAAUGCCACGGAAGACCGGCCGAAUCUUCGUCGCCUGGACCUCCGGGGGAACCGACUAGAAGAGCUCUCCCUGGGGGCCCUGCUGCCCCUGCGCUGGCUCCAGGCUCUCAUUCUGGCGGACAACUCCUUGAACCAGGAUUAUGUGUCCAACAGCCAGGCACUGCGGCCUUUGGGCCACCUACGGUUCUUGGACCUCUCUGCCAAUCGCCUGGACAGUGACAUGGCCACCUUCUACGUGGCCAACCUCAGCUCCUUGUGGAGCUUGGAUCUCUCCAACAAUGUCAUCACCCACCUGGCACGUGGCGCCUUCCUGGGCUCCCCAAACCUGUUGGACAUCAACCUUAGUGACAACUACAUCUUGCAAAUAGAAGCUGGAGCUUUCGGAGGUUUGCUGCAGCUGCGGGAACUCUCCCUGGCUAGAAACUCCCUGCACUGCAUCUCUGAUUUCAGCCUUAGGACCCUUUGGCGACUCAACCUGAGCUCCAAUGCCCUGCAGUUCUUUGCCACUGAGGAGGGAAAUCGGGGCUACCAGCUAGAGGUGCUGGACCUGAGCCACAAUCAGCUGGAGGCCAUGCCAAUUCUUUCAGCUCUGCACCAUCUCCACCAUCUCAACCUCUCAGACAACCAGCUGGCCUCCCUGGAGCCCCAUACCCCACCCUCACCUCAGGGCACCGACCCUUGGUACCAAGAGGUGAGCAGGCCAAAUCUGACCCAGAGUGGCCACAACCCGGCAGCCAACCUGCCUGAACUCACUGACCUUGACCUCAGCAGGAACCAACUGGACAUGCUUCCAGUGGGCUUCCUUGGCCACCUCUCUUCCCUCCAGAGACUCAGCAUGGCCUGGAACUGUCUCCAGAAUAUGUCAGCUCGCCAGCCCAGCCCUGGACUGCCUCUUCUGCCCCUGACUUUUCUAGAUCUCCAAGGGAACUGGAUUCAGACUUUUCCAAGCUGGGUCUUUGAAAUCCUACCCAAUCUCGAAGUCUUGGAUUUGGGGGACAAUGAGCUACAGCUCUGCUGGAGGCCAGAGGCUGGGCAAGAUGGGCCCUUCCAAGGAGCCUAUCAGCCAUUCAGCUCUGCCUUCCACCUCAAGCGCCUGAGCCUGAGUAGAAACAGGCUGAAGGGGCUGUGCCCCACCGGAUUUUCCCCUGCAGCCUUGUUCUCUUUAGAUCUCUCGGGCAACACAGGGCUAGCUGUGGCCCCCAGUGACCUCCAGGGCCUGCAGCAUUCCUUACAUGAGCUCUCCCUCCAAGGGAAUGGCAUGGAAAGUGUCCACUUGUGGCUUCCCUGCCUUCAGGAGCUGCGAGUCUUGGACCUCUCAGGCAAUAAGCUGACUAACCUGCCCUGGACCCUCAAUUGUUCCUCAUAUCUGCAUAGCUUGGACCUGCGCAAAAAUCUCCUCCAAGCCUUGGACACAGAGGUCCUGGGUGGCUUGGGUGGCCACCUCAGAUCUAUGUUCAUUGCAGGCAACCCCUUUCACUGCUGUACCCUGGGCUGGCUGUCUGCUUUGGCCAGGGCCAAUGUGAGUGUGCCAGACUUGGAAGAGGCAUGGUGUGUGUACCCAGACAGUAAAGGGGGCUCCUGGGCCCCCCUGACCAGGGACCACAGUCACGUCUGUAUCUGGUGGCAGUGGCGGGGAACUCAGGCUGGGUGGGUGCUGCUGGCUGUCACCAGCCUGUUCCUCGUCUGCUGUGGGGUGGCCGCUCUGCUGCAAAACAGUCUGAAGCUGUCCUGGGCCCUGCAGCCUACGAAGAGUUGGGCCUGCCCAAAGCCAGAGCCAAAGGACAACCAGAAGACCAUGGGUAGGGAGAGCCUGAGUGGGCCUUCCCUAGAGGCAGGCGGGAAAUGCCCCAGUGAAGACUAG